UUUUUCGGGUAUAAAGGCGCAUCUUAUGAGACAAAUGGACUCCUUAAAGGCUGAGAAGGGCUACCUUUCGUUGCAGCAGCAGCGCUGCGUUGCCAAAUACAUCCAAGACUGCCUUUUCUCUUACGUCUGUCGACGGCUGUCUCGAGUCCUUUGGCUGACAGAAUUCAUCCCCGAGCUUAAAACCUUCGCACUCGUUGGUGGAGUGUGCCGCAACCGGCAGCUGCAGCAGCAGGUGCUACAGCUGCUGGAGCAGCGCAGAGACCCGCGCGUCCAACAGCGUGAGUUUGCUGCUCUCAAGAAGCGCCUGCUUAAGCUUGUUCAGAGGCUUCCGCUGCUGAUGGUUACGAAUCCGUCGGAGCUUCAACAGCAGCAGCAACAGCAGGAGGAGGAGGAGGCAACUGUGAGAGAGGCUUUACGCGUGUUGGUCGGUGGUUUUUCUUUUGCUGAUUAUACAGCCCUGCGUUUUCCUCUCUCCUCCUUUACUUCCUUUUGCAGUAGUUUGUCUCCUGCAGCAGACUCAGGUGUACCAGGACCCUUGUGUGUGUCUCCUCAACUUCUAGCUGAAGUUGCUGCUGCACAGGCGGCCCGACGAGAUGCAGAAGCGGAAGCAGAAGCAGCAACAGGUGCAGCAGCAGAAGCGGAGAGUACUGACACCCAUUCCAAAUGCAGCCGAUUCAACAUUCUGCUGCCGGGUAGGCAGCUGCUGCUACAGCAUUGCAGCAGGAGCAUGCGGGCUGUUCCGAGCAACCUCCCUGGGGUUCCUCCCUCUUUUGAGCUGUUCCCAGCAUCGCUGUGCUACUGCAACUCAUGCAAAAUCAUCAGCAACAACAGCAAUAGCAGCAGCGGCAGCAACAGCAGCACCAGCGGCACAAGCAACUUGAGGGGUAUGCAGCACAUGGUAGUGCCUGCAGCGGCCCUCUGUAACGACAACGCGGCUAUGAUUGGUUGGGCCGCCUUUAAGUAUAUUCAGGCUCAUCGGCUGACCUCCUCUAAGAAAUUUGUUACUGGGGCAGGCACAAAGGUAGAAGAGCAACAGCAGCAGCUGCUGCUGCAGACGCAGCAGCUGAAGCAGCAGCAAUCAAACAACGGCGUCCCAGUCCCAUUUAUAAGUCCAAAAUGGAGCGGUGGAGUGUCUUUGGUGCAGCCUCUAGGAGCAAUGGAGCUGCUGUUGCUGCAUGCGUUGCUGCAGAAGACUCUGCCUUUUCCGCGCUCACUGCUGCUGUCUGCAGCACCAGAACGCUGA